AUGCAAAAGACUAAACUGUCAAAUUUUUUUGGGCAGAAUUCGUCGAAUUCGACGAAAAAAAAUCUUUGGUUAACUUGUAAACAAAAAAGGAGAAGUUUUGCUCUUCUCAGUGAAGUUUUUUCUCACAAUUUCUUCUGCAUUUUCCCAACAAUGGACUACAAUACGAACAAAUUGUGUCGAGUAUGCUUGGAAGAGGGUGUCCUAACGUCAAUUUUCAACACAGAAUUCUCAAUGACGCCCUCGGAUAUGAUACAAAUGUGCGCCAAAGUCAAGAUCUUCAAGAACGACGGGAUGCCUGCUGUGAUUUGCAACAACUGCAUCUACCGCCUUGGGGUGGCGUAUCACUUUAAGCAGCAAUGUGAGAACUCAGACAUUCGUCUGCGGCAGUACCUGGGUUUGAUGGACAAGGCCUACGGCACGAGGGAUGCCGAAGUGAACACCGAUGUACCCUACCCACAGCCAAAGGCCAAGAAGGAGGAACCCCUGGAGCCGGAGAAGAAGGUGAAGAAAACAAAGCCAAAGAGUUGUCGCUACAAACGAAAGCUACCGAAUGAGCGCAAGAAGCGUGGCCCUAAACCCCAGCCAAAGGUACCCCAGACAUGCUAUGAAUGCAAUAAAACCUUCAAGUGUUCAGCUCAGUUGCAAAUGCACGUACGCACGCACACCGGAGAGCGCCCCUUUGCCUGCAGCUACUGCCCACGGCGCUUCGCCCAGAAGCACAACUUGCAAAUCCACACGCGGACGCACACAGGUGAGAAGCCCUUCUGCUGUGAGAUCUGCAGUAAGCAAUUCUCCGCCCUGGGGAACUUCCAGGCACACAAGAAAAUCCACACGGGUGUACGAGAUCAAAUCUGCCCAGUUUGCAAUAAGGGCUUCAUCACUUCCGGCGACCUAGCGCGCCACAUGAUCACCCACACGGGCAUCAAGAACCACCACUGUGACACAUGCGGUAAGUCCUUCAGUCGGAACAGGGACAUGGUGGCGCACAAGAAGAAAAUCCACCUCAAUGAGCGCUCCGGGGAGAAUUUCAAGUGUCCCGAAUGCCACAAAGUCUUCCCCACGGCACUGAGUCUCAGUACACACUUCCGCACACACGGAAAUGCAUCCAUUGUCCAAGCACCACCCAUUGUGGCAGCACCACCACCUCCUCCGCCGCCCAUUGCUGCUCCCACGGCCAUCGGGGGAAGUCUUGGGCCUCCUGCUCUUGGGAUUGGACUCCCCCCGGCAGGACUGGGGAUGCUCUCACACACUCAAGGCACUCUCACGAUGAUGCACAACAUGCCACAGAGGAUUCAUCACUACUAACAAAAUAAGAAGAAUCAGCAAGAAAAAAAAAGAGGAAAUUCAGAUCUGCUUGAGAGGCUAAAGAACUGUGGGUGGAAAGGAGAUGAUCCUUGAAACCCAUGGGGAGAGAAAUUGUUCGUAACUCAUUUAAUAAUUUUUCUUCUCAAAAAACAUUCAAAUGAUGCUCGUAAUAUUAAUAAAUUAAAGAUAAAUUAUAAAUUA